AUGUCCCACAACCCCAAGAACAACCCCGUGCUGGCCGUAGUAGGCGUCGGCCCGGGCAUCGGCGAAGCUGUCUCGCGCCACUUCGCCUCAAAAGGGUUCAGCGUAGCCCUGAUCGCCCGAACAGAAGACAAGCUUCGGAAAAUCCAAGACUCAAUCAAUGAGUCCUAUCCCAACUCGGCAAAAUACUAUGUCACCGAUGUCCGGGAUGAAUCGAGCGUGAUCAAGACUUUUGAUUCCAUUAAGGAGGAUCUCGGCCCGGUCCAUGUGCUAAUCUAUAAUGCCGGGUCGAGACGCAUUCGUCCGCGGACUAUUCUCGAGACGUCGUCGUCGGAGGAAUUUGAGAACUUCACCCGCAUUAAUAUGUUCGGGGCCUUUUUUGCUGCCAAAUGUGUCUUACCUGAUAUGUUGGCCGCUGGGACGGGCACUAUUAUCUUUACCGGUGCCACGGGGUCCAUUCGUGGGAGUCCUGGGUUGAGUAGUUUUUCGCCGGGGAAGUUUGGGCUUCGGGCGCUGUCGCAGAUCAUUACCAGGGAGUUUCAGAGUAAGGGUGUUCAUGCGGCGCAUCUUAUUGUUGAUGGGCCUGUGCAAAGUGAUAUUAUUGGGGGGUGGUUAAGGAAGAAAUGGGAGAGGGAGGGUGAAGAGGAGAAGUUGAAGGAGAUGCAUCGCUAUGUUAUGCAGCCCUCCGAUUUGGCGGAGAUUUAUUGGUUCUUGUAUACUCAGCCGAGGAGUACGUGGACGCAGGAGUUGGAUGUUAGGGCUGAGAGGGAAGGGAUGUUUUCGAAGUUGUAG